GCCAGAUGUCUGCGAGCGCACGCCUUGCUCACCCUGGACGUCCUCAGUCGCUCUCCCCAUCGCAAGCCCCGUCGUACAGCCAGCACACGCUCUCCAAGCUCGCUCAAUCUUUAUCCUGCUGAUAUAACCGACGCUCUUCCCCCUUCGAACUGCUCUGGGCCAGCCGCAGACCAUAUUCAAUCCGUCUUCUGCCACGCCCUUCCGUUCUUCGUGUCCAUUUCUUUUACUAGGUUUGCCAAGCGAUGGACUCUCCCAGCGUUUCCUUCAUCGGGAUCGUGGAUUUCUCAGAGAAUGCGACAUGGGUAUUUCUUACAGAAUCUGUCAGUGACCUCCUCGGUUAUGAGCCACAUGAGCUCGUCGGUACACCGUCUCUCGACCUCGUUCACCCGGAUGAAUUCUCUCGUGUAAAACAUAUGCACUACGACACCAUACGACAAGACAAAGCGGCCGUUCUCGCCUACCUCCGCAUGAAGCAUAAGGACCCAUACAAAGGUUACAUCCUUUGUGCAAUCUCUCGAACUGUAGCCUAUAACGUCCUCGUGGGUAGCGUCUCAUUUGCCUCCAUGGGGCCCAAGGCGAUGCACAAUGCAUCCACGGCGCAGGAGGUCACCGUCAUCACCCCUUCAGCUGCCAAUUUCGAGUUCAGGCGGUGGAAUGAUCCCUCGCCGAUGCCACCUAGCACAAUCGCUGUCCCGUUGUCGUCGGGUGCGGUAGGCCCGGAAGGCUCCGUCACAACCACCACCAAGAUCAGCAAUGUCCGCGCCAACGCCACAAAUCCCGUGGACGAAACAGAUGAGCUGGCAGAGAGAGUGGAGAAAGUUAUCACCUUCGAUCCGUUACCGAAGCAAUCCAUCCGCACCGCCUUCAUUCUUGACAGGUUCUCGCUAAGUUGCCCCAUCAUCUACUGCUCCAAUGACACCUUCCUGCCCACUACAACCGUAAUGGGUCGUAGCUUCUUCGAUUUCGUGGCCAAAAAAGACGAAGACCUGGUCCGGAGUUGGAUAGAUGCUGUCAAAGGAUGGGGUGUCAACGAACGAGGGCAGCCAAGCGAUGGAGGGUUCGGAUUUGGCAAAUUUCAACUAUAUCGACAGGGUAGGGACUCUAGCGAACGGCAAGCUGAUCCUCCUCCGGCGAGGCAACGGCACCGGGACGCCGGAGGUCCAGGAUCGUCGACGCGCACGCACGGCUCGCAUAGUGCCGCGCCCUCGUCUGCUACCUCCCGAGUACGUCGCCGCCUGCCAUCCUCCACGGAGGAGUCGGAAAUGGCCGUCGAUGCCAUUUUCUCCGCCCAUUCGGACGGAUUGAUGGUCAUCCUACGGCAUGCCUCACCAGUCCCCCCGAGCUCAACUCCAGUGGUGCUGCCAUCCACGUCUGGCGGCGCAUAAGGUCUACUGGGCGGUUUAUGUAUCAUAGUCUGCUGGAUUCGUGUUUGUGUUUGUGUUUGGCUUUUUGCAUUUUGGUACCUUGGUGUGCUCGUGGUUCCGUCGUCGAUUGUUUUAUUCGUUUGUAGCUAGUUCGCCCAGGCUCUUCUCGUUGUUGUUCGUCCUGUCAGCUCUGUCUUUGAAAUACCCACCCCCACCCCCUUGUUCCCCUUGUUGACGCGGUAUAUAUACCUACGUAUACGUGUACUCACAAGAAACGUAUCGGCUGUUCCUGUAUGGAUGCAUCUGUCCGGAGAUCGUUCUUGCCUGUUGUUUUGGAAAUGUAGACAUCGGUCGCGUUUGGUCUGGUAUAGUACUC